AUGAACGAAGACGGGAUGGGUAAACGAAAGCGAAAGCCAGAAACGGCGUAUGCAAAACGGGGCCAAACGAAGACAAGGAACGAGCACACCGAACGAAGGGACAGGAGGCGGAACGCGAAGCAACGAACGGUAUACGAGAUACGAGAUACGAGAUAUGAAUGCGAGGACGAGGACAAAGACGACGAUGAGAGCGGAUGCCUGGACGUGGAACGUGCGAUGUGGAACGUUGGGUCUGGCGCGGCGGGCAACGGUUAUGGCAACGACGGUCCAUCUGGAUUCGAUCAGUCGCGCGCUCUAUUUACGGCCAGGAACUCACGCACUCACGCACUCGCUCUCGCACUAGUUGUGGCGCGUCUCGUCGGUCCACGGGCACGCGUCUGGAUCCCCGCCGCUCAGACUGUCCCCGUCGUUCAAAGUCCAGCAAUUCGACCGCGACUUGCUCUUCUGGGUGUGCUGUUCGUUCGUCGGAAUCGCGCAAUCACCCAGCUCACGGGGACGACGGCGACGGCUCAGUUGUCCAGUCCACAAUCCACCCACGCACUCGCUCUCACAUCCCUGGCCGGCGUGCUGCGUGCUCUCAAUCUCAAUCUAUCUCCCAGAUUCAAGGCUUCGCGCCGACCCUCCGCCAACAACUCUCGACGACGCGCGCGACGACUGCGCCUUCGCGUACUCAGCAUCCAAUCGCGAGUCGUCGACGUGGACGACAAUUGGCGGGCCUGUUACUCGGACCUGGUAGAUUUGGGUGUGAGUUGGGAAGCCAUUGGUGCACGCAACGAGCUCAAGCUGUGGGCGGUGCAAGCCAUGGCUGCAGAUGCGAGAUCAAGCUGGAAUGAGGCGCAAGCACGUCGACGUCGAACGACAAACACGCAAGGCCAUGAGGACCUCCUGCACCCGUCAAAGAAGACAAAAGUGAAGGCUGGGCGCGUAACGCACGAAUGCAACGACCCGAACGAAUGCAUCCGAGUUCACUCGAACAGCGAAGUUAGCACUCAUCCGUCGACGCAUGGGAGCGAACGAGGAAACGGAGAUGCGUCCACGUUCGAACUCGCAGGCGCAGCCAGACACAAAGACGUGGGCAGAGACGAUUGGGCGCGACCAAGCCGAAAUGUGCAAGCACGUCGACGCGAAUGUCGAACACGCAAAGACCAACAAGGGCACAAGCACCUCCCGCACCCGUUAAAGAAGAAAAAAUAA